GGCUUCGGCGGCGGUAGCGCGCGGAGCGAGGCUGGGAGAGGCCCCGGGGAGGGCGAGGCCGCGCGCUCCCGGCCACCCUCGGGGACCGCCUGCCGGCCGUGCUCCCUGGAGGCUUCUCGGACCACCACUUGCUCCGCGGUGCCCGGGAGACUUCCUUCGCAGCCUCCGAGUAGCGUAGGCAUGGCAGGACCCAGGCCCGUGGUGCUGAGUGGCCCUUCGGGGGCUGGCAAGAGCACCCUGCUGAAGCGACUUCUGCAGGAGCACGGCAGCAUCUUCGGCUUCAGUGUGUCUCAUACCACAAGGAACCCACGACCUGGCGAGGAGAAUGGCAGAGAUUACUACUUCGUGACCAGGGAGGUGAUGCAGCGUGACAUUGCGGCUGGGGACUUCAUCGAGCACGCUGAGUUCUCAGGGAACCUGUAUGGGACGAGCAAGGCUGCCGUGCGGGCGGUGCAGGCCAUGAACCGCAUCUGCGUGCUGGAUGUGGACCUGCAGGGCGUGCGCAACAUCAAGAAGACCGACCUGCGCCCCAUCUACAUCUCUGUGCAGCCGCCCUCGCUGGCUGUGCUGGAGCAGCGGCUGCGGCAGCGCAACACCGAGACGGAGGAGAGCCUGGCGAAGCGGCUGGCCGCCGCCCGGGCAGACAUGGACAGCAGCAAGGAGCCCGGCCUGUUUGACCUGGUGAUCAUCAAUGACAACCUGGAUGAGGCCUACGCGCAGCUGAAGCAGGCGCUGUCUGAGGAAAUCAAGAAAGCCCAGGGGCCCGGCCAGGCCUGAGGACCAGCAUCCAUGUCCUCAGCCUGAUGGCUCCAGGUGGGGCCUGGCUGGGUACACACAAAGUCCUGCAGGGGCCGUCACCGGAUGGACGGAGCUGGCCCCACAUGGCCCCAUGAUGGCUCUGCCCCUCAGUGGGAGCGGGCAGCUUCCUCGCUGGCCAUGCUCUAAGGACCCUGAGGUGCCCUGCCCGCCUCCCUGGACCUUUCCUGUCCUCACCUCUCCUGCUGGAGCAGGCUGAUUUGUGAAUAAAAGUAAUUUGGGCUAAGUGCA